AUCCUAAACAACAUCAACUUCCUAAACAACAUCCUAAACAACAUCAACAUCCUACACAACUUCCUACACAACUUCCUAAACAACCUCCUAAACAAGAUUUUAUUCUUCGAGUAUCUUUAGUGGAUUAUCAUGGAAAUGCUAUACUAGAUGAAAUUAUUCGUCAACCUUUU